AUGGAGACCGGUGGCGAGAUCGACAUGCCCUCCAACGAGGACGUGGUCGCUGACAACCCAGCGUUUGCAAACACAGGCGCGUUUGACGACUUUCUCAUGGCGUCCGACAUGAACUCGUCGGCCGGCAUCUUUGACCGCCCGUAUACUCCGCGCAAGACCACGCUCGACGAGAGCUCAACCACUGCCGGCGGAGGCGAGGGCGGCGUCGGCAGCGGUUCGUCCGACGGGUCGUCGACGUAG